GUUAAAAUAGUUUAAUGACUUAUGCGAAGACACGUAAUUGUUGAUCGUUAAUGGGUUUAUUACUUAAAGAAAACAAUGUAAGUUUGGAGUCUAUUUAAAAUGGUUUGAUAUACAAAGAACAAUUCUUAAUCACGAUUAAUUAUAAAAUCACCGACAGGUUGGACUACUUUCUGUUGUUUUUUUUAAUUAACAUUGUGCUGUGGUUUAAAUUCUUAUAACUUGUUUAUGAGGCGAAAAGACCAUGUUCAAAAGUCGCUUUAAUCAAAAGAGGAAGUAAAUGAUCAAAAUGGCGACGGGAGAUAUUAAAGUUAAAUCGUCUGACAUUUCUGAUUUUCACUGUUUCACAUGCACUAACGAAGUUGCCGUAAAAUAUUGUGUUGAAUGUCAAGGUUACUGUUGUCAAUCUUGUGUCGACACACACUCGCGAUUCCCGGGUUUAAAAGUGCACACACUUCUUGACCAAUCAAAUGAUACAGUACAGGGAACGCUGAUCACAUUGCCGACGAUGCCGACAGAGAGAUGUGCUACUCACACCAUCAAGUUAGUUGACAUGUAUUGUAAAGACCAUGACGAGGUUGGCUGUUCAACAUGUAUGACAUUAAAACACAGGUCCUGUGCAAAUGUACACUCCAUUCCUGAUGAUAUUGAGGUGUUAUUCGAUGCAAGUAUUCUAGACGAUACAAAUCGGCGUUUAGAGAGCUGUAAACAGCAAGUAAAAAGCAUUGAAAUGAAGAAAACAGAGGCUAUUGUAGGAUUAAAUAAAUCAAAACAGAAAGCUGAAAUGAUAAUCGACAGGGUAAAAGAAGAGCUCAUUACCCAUGUGGAAAAACUUGCAAAGGCAGCUAAAGAGGACGUGGAGAAUGAAUUCCAAAGUGCUAAAGCUCAAAUAGAUGUAGAGCGCCAAGAAGCGAAUAAAACAUUAGACGAUCUUGAACAGGUUUCAUCAGAAUUGGAAAAUACAGAGCGAAAUAAGUCACAACAAUUUGUUUGCAUGAAAAAAGCAACCCAGAAAAUAAAAGAAAUAAAAGUAAGCGAACUUGUCUUAACAUGUAACAGGGAGGCAAAAAUUUCCUUUGAUGCUGAUUCAAGUAUUCAGGGAUUUGUUCAUGACACCAAGAAAUUAGGUAAUGUGCGAUCUAUACAAGAAACCAGCCAUUACACUGUUGAGACAAUCGAAGAUAUAAAUGUAAAGUUACAAAAUGAUAAAUCAACUUGUGAUAUAUUUGGUUCUUGCAUGACUGAAGAUGGAUCAUUGUUAUUGACAGAUAUAAAUAAUAAAAAACUUAAGCAAGUGAACAUUGAAACUAUGACUGUUGACAGUGCUUGUAGUUUUAAGAACAAUCCUUUCUGUGUAUGUUGUACUAACAAAGAUGAAGUAGUCGUAACAUUUUUCACGUAUGCAAAGUUUAUUCAGUUUGUUUCCGUUGGUACACGACUUGCGCCUUCUAGAAAGGUUAACAUUAAUCAUAAUUGUCUAGGAAUUUCCUAUAAAGAUGAGAAGUUAUAUAUCACUGAUAAUGAUCAUAGUAUAUACGUACACGAUAUGUCUGGCAAAGAAUUACAAAAGAUUAUGACAGACAACUCAGGCAAUGGUUUGUUUAGCUGUGUCCAAGAAAUAGAUCUUAGUGAUUCUAUGCGAGGUAUUGUAGUUGUAGACGGGAAAAAAGGCAUUAUCAUUCUUAACAAUACGUAUCGGCGUAUUGCUGGAUAUUGUGGUCCUGAGUUGCAUAAUGCAGUAUCAGCAUGUACAGAUGGUUGUGGAAGCAUUUUCGUAUGUGGAUAUACUUCACAUAACAUUUUACAGGUAGGCUAUGAUGGCAAGAAGAUUGGUGAUGUUGUCGAAAAAUCGCAUGGCAUUCAAAAUCUUUCGUCUUUAUGUUUUGAUUUUAAACGGUGCAGGUUAUUUGCAACACAGAAUAAUGAUAUUGUUAAAAUUAUUCAUCUUAUGUAGCCGAAUCAAUAUAAAAAAAUACGUUUAAAACAUCGACAUCAAGGAUACUAGAAGAUCUAAAAUCGUUCCACCCACUUACACAAAUGGUAUUAUAGUACAAUCAAAAUUACAUACUUAGAGUAUCGAUAUUUUUGAAAUGUUAUGCGAGGUAAUUAUCCGGUAUGUAUAUUUGAAUCAACUGUUGAUUAUAUCAUUAGUUGUACUUAUUGUGUAUGCUAACUUAAGCUUUAGUUAGUACAGCUGAAUGUUUUAAAUGCAAAUUUUAGUCUGAAUGAUUGUAUAAGCAAAUGGAAAUAAAUGGCGUACUUGGCUAAAUUGAGGUUUUUUCUCUUGAUUUCCGGGUCGUAAAUGUAGGUAAUAGCUUUUCAGAUAUUCUUACAAGGAAGUGUUCAAAUUACCAUUCCUUUUCUAUCUUGAUUUAAACGUAUUUGGUGACGAAAUAUGGUUUCUUUGAUAAUUAAAAAAAAACAUGUGUUUUAGGUUAUUUAAUGUGAGUGAGCAUUAUUUACUACUUGGUGUUUGAGCUU